AUGUUGGCCUUGUGGCUACUUCUGGCGCUGGGCGCCAUCCACUGCUCUGCCAUCCCAAAGAGGAUUUGGUCCUUUUGGCACGACAGCGAGUCAGUGCCAAAGCUGGUGCGCCUGGCGAUGGCCACCUGGCACCACUUUGCGCCCGACUAUGAGGUGACGAUGCUGGACCUGCGGAGCUUUGCGGCCCAUCUGGAGAGUGCCCAACGCUUGGGCCCGGAGGACUUCUCCAACAUGGUCUUCUUUGCCGAUUGGCUGCGACUAGCUUUACUGGAAUCCCAUGGUGGUGUAUGGCUGGACGCCACGCUGCUGCUGACGGCUCCGCUGCACUUCUUGGUCAACGACUCGGCCAGGCUCAGUGGUGUACAGCUGGAGGCCUCGUUGUUUGAGACGUUCUUGAUCGCGGUGUCUUCACCGCAUGAUGUCUUUAUCCAGCGCUGGAAGGACACUUUGAGAGAGAUCUUCUCCCUCAGUGAGAGCAGCUACGACCAGCACCUGACCCAGCUCCGCGGGCGUGGCAUCGAGCCGCUCAACGGAGCCAUGGCCAACUGUGACUGGAGCCAUGCCUCGCCAAUCCACUCGGCCGCCCACGCCCUCCUGCAUCUCUUCGCCAGGGCCGUGAACUCCCUCGCGGCCUUCACCCACUACUACUUGCAUCCCUGCGGGCAAAGAUACUGGAUGCACUAUCUGAAGACCAAUGUGGUGUUCAACUCCAUCAUUGGAACCCACGGCGGAAAUGUCUUGGAGCUCUACAAGAAAUGGGGUAUUCAUGCUGAAGAUUCUCUGGAGACCGUCAGUGCCCUCGCUCUUUCCCUGGCUUGGAAUAGCACUGAAAUCGUGGACUUCAUGCGGAGCAAUCGGAGCGCCGACUACGACGUGGUGAAGAUCCGUGGCAUCAAGCUCCGGCGGGAGGAGCGGAUCCUCUUCGAGUCUGUGAGAAGCUGCGAGUUAGGGAGCCUCCUUUGCCGCUUGCAACGGCAAGUGGGCGCCAGCAUCUUCUCCGAGGUCCCGGUCGCCAGGACAGCGGAAGAUGAUCCUGCUGCGUCGGAAUUGUGA